AGCUGUUGAAUGAUCUUGAUCUUGAUGGAAGAGGAAUGGUGAUUGCCACCAGUGUGUUUAGUUUCGAUUAUUAACAUCUCGAUAUAGUUUAGGAUAGGUCAACAAUCGGCCUUGUAAAGAGUGUGUCAAGAAUAGGAAGACCGAUCUGAUGGAAUAGUGGAGAAAUGUUAUAAUUAACGUGCUGUGCGUUUCCUAUUGAUUGUUUUUAUGAAGAGAAAACGGAUGCCCAAGCUGCAGAGAUAGAGAGAAGACGCUUCAUGAAAAUACUGCAACGUGGGAAUGUGGUGUCAGCAAUGGGUACCGCUAUGCCGAGCUCUUCGUCCGCUCGAGGCCUCUGCAAGAACCCACCAGUAGUGCUUCAGAUGUUACAGUGCAAGUUAGAAGUGACCCGUGAAGAGCAAUUCGUGAAAAGUGAAAAUGAAGUGGUCAGGCCCAAUCGGUCUGUUGGUAACAACCCUCUGCAUGGUGUAUUCCAUGCCACCACAGACGACGACAAGGUACACUUCCCUCGAAGAAUACAAUAGGUUUUCUUUAAAUCCAAUACGCAACUCUGACAAAAAAAAUUCUUUUAACUUAUCUGCAUCGAACAUUUCUUCUUACUUUUCAGAAUCCCCUUUAAAGGUAAACGUUAUGAAUCUUACAGAACAAAUUCGUUUCGCAGAACAACCCAAUGUCAAUAUUUUUAGCAGUAGUGCUGGAACAAGUCGGAAGUUGAAACAUCCCACAAAGAAUCAAACCUUAUAUACAAAUUUUGUUACAAAUACAUUUGGAAAUGCUGCUACUAGGAAUAAAACUAUAAAAAUUAACUCAGUCAAUAAGGUAACAACAAAAGUAAAUAAACACGCUGGUACUGUAACUACUAAAACUGUUUCAAAGACUUCGAAUCUAAGACCAUCAAUAGUAAAAGUACCUGAUAGCAAAAAUAGCUCUAAAGUAGUAUUAAAUGUUAAAAAAGAGGUUCAUGUAGUCACAACCAAAGCUCCUUUUAGGAUAAAAAUAAAUAAAAUAACCACACCGACAACAAAAUCUCCCAAAACUGUUUAUAGAAGAACCACUUCUGUUCCCCUUCUCAUUAAAUUGGCAACUAGAAAACCUGUUACAAUAAAAUUGAGUCGACCAAAUGUUAAAAAUAGUACAUCAAGUACUAAACCAAAAGAAAAACCGACUAUUCACAAAAUAAUAACGAAAUGGUCUGACAGUACCGAUUUAAGUGAGGUGAAACAGGACUGGUAUGAAAAUGGAGUACCCUACCCUAACCCAAAUCCAGAAAUUAGUUCAUUUUCACCACCAGUGUCGCUUAGUGAUGUAAGUUCAAUAACUCCAGCAGUGAGCGACUUCCUUGACAAUUUUAACUACCCCAAUCCCAAUCCAGAAAUAACUUCAUUUUCACCACCAAUAUCACUCAGUGAUAUAAGUUCAAUUUCUCCGACAGUUGGUGAAUAUCCAGAAAAUAAUUACCCCAACCUCAAUCCAGAAAUUAGUUCAUAUUCCCCUCCUAUUUCCCUCAACGAACUGACUUCAGUAUCUUCUUUAAACAACGAUUACGCAGAAAAUGCGAAUUACCCUAGCCCAAUUCUAGACGUGAAUUCAUACUCGUCAUCGUAUUCGAUCAACGAUGUUCCCUCUAUUGCCUCAGACGUUCCAGACAUAGUAGAUGCCUCUUUCUCAGCUCCUUCCGCAGACGCUGCUGGUAAUCCAGUUAGUGUUUUCAAUCUGGACAUGGUUUCUGAUGGAACAAAGCAAGGAAGUACUGGUGGUGGUUCACCUUGUCCAACCGUCCAUAUUUCUAGUUCCGUUCUAGCCUCCAGACAAAUGGAAUGUUCUGAUUUGAAUCUAGUCAUCAAUUCCCACUUUCACCAAAAUCAGAACGGCGGGGGAACAAGAAACCCUUCAAUAAGCACCUACGAUGGCGCUCAGGACGCUGCCGCAGCUCCCGUACUGGGAGAUGUACCUCUUGCAGGGGAAGGAGAGGCCCUAGGGGAUCCUGGAGUGGCUAAUUCUGGAGCAGGUCUCGCUGAUCCAGCUGUAGGGGCAGCUGAGGCGGCGGAUACAGCUGUUGCUCCACAAGCACCUGCAGCGGCCUUACCGGGUGGAGGGACUGGUGGAAGUGGUGGUAGCGGUGGUGAUGGCAGCAACGGCAGCGGUGGGAUAAAGUUGCCCGAUUUGAAAAACAUGUUCGAAGCUAUUGGUUACUUAUGGAACGCGUUAAGACAUUUGUUAAGUUUCCUGAAAAAUCCAUAUUUGUACAUCAUUCCCAUGGUGCUGUUCUUUGCUUUAGGAUUCUUUACAAUAUUAGCGCUGUUCCCGUGGUGGAUCCCUUUGCUGAUGCUGUAUUUAAGUGUGAAGACUCACAAAACACCCAAAGAAACAGUAACCUUCUACAACCACUUUCAUAAACCUAUACAUCACCCUGAUGGUUGGUUUUGGAAUCAUCAGACGAAAACCUGGCAAAAUGUGCAGGAUUUUGUCCAUAAGAGAAACGACCAUGGCGGUAAACGUGUUGAUAACAUUGAAUCUAUAAUAAAUAGGUUCAAGGGUAGGUAUGAAGAUAACAAACCAAUCGUGCAAACAUGGAAGAGAAGGAAAAGACCAAAAUAAUUUACUGAGUAAAUUACGGCUUACUUAGACGGAUUAGUCACUUUUUAGGUACAAUAUUUGGUUUGUUUUUAAGUGGGAACUUGCUUAAAUACCAAUAACGCUGCAGCAUUGUAGAUUCGCAUUUUGUGGCUUCGGAUAUAUAUUUUAUAAUAAAUGUAGUUCUAUAUUCGGCUUGAUUAUAUUACAAUUCUUCAGUGCUACUUCAAAAGUUGUAUAUAUUUAAUGAUUCUACUGUGUUAUACUUGUACAUAAUAUGCAAUAUUUAACGAAAUAUAUUGGGUUACUUCGGUUCUGUAUAAUUUCGAGGAUAUUACAACUUUCGUGUCAUUUAUUUAGUGUGUAAUUAAUUUAUUUGUUAUCUUAAGACAAAAAUAAGUUCUGAAAAGUCAGAAGAAACGUUC